GUUUGAAAAUUUAUGUAGAAAUCUGCUAUAAAUUAUUAUCCGUUCUGAAAGCGGUUUUGUGUCUCAUUUUGUUUUCUGGAAAGGUUUUUAAAAACUGCGCACUUUGACGGAUUAUUCGAAACAACGAUUUGCGUUCUUCGCCAUGACGAUGAACGAAUGUACGAACACAGUUGAAGAAAUUGCUGGGCUUCGGAGGACCCGUGGUGUCACCGUUUUAUGCUCGGGAUCCGUGCAAGAAGACGCCGAACUUCAGUUCUUAAUUUCCGGCCAAACUUCCGAAUCGGGCCGAUGUCCCUGUAACCACAGCUCGCCAUUGCGGCGGCGAGUCCAGCUGCCCGAUAAAGUCAACCCCGGCGACGACACCUCGUCAAGUUCCCUUCAAUUAAGUUAUUCCAGGAGCUUGGGCGAGGGAUCAACGCUAAGUCGAUCAAUCCGUUUGAGAUUAUCGUCACUUUCACGACCGGUUCAAUCACGUUCGCCGCUAACGAGCAUAGGAUUGCAAUACCUGACGACAGUCCUCCUUCUAUUAAUAGCUUUUCCAUGCUCCAAAGUUGUAGCAAGCCACUCCAUUUACGCUAAAGUACCACUGACAAGAACCGACGUUACUAACACUCAUGAAGGAUACCGGACGUUUUCCGGCCGUGGUCCUAUCCAUGCUUCCCCACACGCAAGGCCCAAUGUCGGAGUACAGCCCAGCAGGUUGUCUACACGAUCCUUCCACCGCUUGAGAAGCACCCCGCCUUUAGAUUUCCAGAAGCUUAAAGUGAUCAAACGCUGGGACGAAUUUACCACCGAUGUCCUUCUAGUUAGCGGGAGCAACUACGUCUAUAUGAUCAACGCUUCCCAAACAUCAACAUCGGGUGAGAUCAGCUACCUUGAACGGCUCCAAUGGACAUCUAAUCCCAACUCGAGCUCGACAUGCAUCGACGUCGGGAAACAGGAAUACGAAUGCAAGAACUUUAUCCGUGUGGUCGAGCUUCGGCAAGACAAUACUCUUUAUGUGUGUGGCACAAACUCUUACGAACCAAAGUGCAGAAUCUACACACGAGCACAGUUUGCUGCCGCUACACCACACAACUCCCCAUACACCAGUGAAGAAAUGUGUAACGAGCAAUGCGGCUGCCCACAAAACCCAGUCACAACCAGUGUGGCUUUGUACACCAACACAUCUCGCGGUUUCAAGAUGUUCUCCGCUGCAGUGACUGACUUCAUGGGCAAGCGUUCAUACCUCGUACGAAGCGGCAACCCGUCGUUGAAGAGUGUACACAAGUGGCUGAAUGACCCGUCCUUUGUCAAGCUAAUUGAGUACGGCGAAAAGGUUUAUCUCUUCUUUCGCGAAAUCCCCACCAGCGUCGAGACGGGCGCUGAUCAUCUGACCACAUGGUCAAGAGUCGCACAAGUAUGUAAAGACGACAUGGGCGGCACAACUGUACUUCGAUACCAAUGGACGACCUUCUUAAAGGCUCGACUGACAUGUUCAACGCAAGGAACAACCAGCAGACAAGAAGUAUUUCAUUUCAACAAUCUGACGUCAGUUUCUGACGUCACACGUAUCACCGGUAGUGACGGAAGACCCACUGACGUCAUCUUCGCAACUUUUACCACACCUUGGGAGUGGAGUGACAUCUCGAUGUCAGCGGUUUGUGUUUAUUCCAUUCAAGAUGAUAUCGCGAGGUUAUUCGAUGAAGGACAUUUUAUGGAGGAACAACAGCUAAGAUCGAACCCUGACAUGACCUCGCCCAUGCAAUCCGGCCGCAGAGUCCCCCCUCCCAUUAACACUGUCAUCAAGAAGAUUCCAUUACCCAAAGUAGAUGAACCCGUUGCCAGACCAACUAGAUGCAAUGCUGGGGUAUCAAACGAGGCUGAGUACUUUGCCAAGGCUCACCAGAUCAUGUACGAGUCUGUACAACCACGUUAUGGCUUGCCCAUCUUUGUUACAGAGUCAAACGUAAGAUUGACGCAAAUCGCUUUGGACGAGAAUGCCGGUAGCAGUGAGACAAUGAUGUUGUAUGCUGGGACAGAAGAUGGGAAAAUGCUUCGAAUUCGACCACGACUUGCAACUACUGAGGGCCCGAAAUCUGUCCUGAUUGAAGAGAUGAAUGUAGCCGACCAGUCGACAUGCGCCAGUACAACUUCAUGUGGUGUUAGAGCAUUACAUAUUUCCCAUCCUGAAUUACCGGCGAAUGUCUCACCAGACCUGGACGCGAACCCGAAACCCUCUGCCUUCAUUGCCUUCACCGACAAAAUGAUACAAGUUCCGCUUACGAAGUGCGACCGCUAUCCCAAUGCCGCGUGUUGUAACUUCGAUCCAGAGUGCGGAUGGAUUCGUAGCAAGUGUGAAUCCAGAGACUCCCAAAACUCGAAUGUACUCCCUCGAAUCUCUGAUCAGAUACCUUCGAAUUGCCAAAAGCAGCCUGUAGUCGAACCCUGUAACGAAUCUACAAUGAACCCAGCCCUCAUUGCCGCAAUCUGUAACUGCAACAGAUCCGUAACAGGAAGGCAACGACAUGGCUGCAGAAACCAUAAUCAUCGGAAUACAAUAAACGACCAACCUAUAAGAUGUAGACAUAAUACUCGACCAUCAUCACGAUCCCCUGUGGUGUCAAAGACGGGAGACCAUAACGAGUUGAACCAAUUCUUUGUGGAUAGAGUUCUUCCAACAGUCGGGGAUAACUUUCGCGACACGUUAAACUCGUUGCAACACAACCAAAAGGUAGCAUUACUUAACCAACUUCAAGAGGCCUUAACAAUGACAACGAAACUUGUGCUACGGAACCACAGACAAGAGUAUUGUCUUCCAUCUCCAGCAGUUAACAGUCUCACCCACACAUAUCCUCUUCUACUGCGUGAAAUUGAGCUUUGGCACAGCAUCGCGUACAAGAAAAUGACAAAGGAAGGUAUACCAAAGGUGUGUUGGUCUGGUCGACCUAAGAAAAACUGCAACGCAAGGAUUAGUUUCAGCGUCCCGCUUGCCCCAACAUUGUGGGAACCUCUAACGGCGCUAAUGACCAACUUUAGUGCUCAAUGCGAUCCCGUUACACCGGUUGCUACUCCCGAUACACCAACGACUGGAUGCGCACCUGUUCCCGGUGUAGAUUCAUGCAAGAAUGCGAUUGGAUCAAACAGUCCUCACUGUCUACCAAAGCAAUGCAAAUUUAGUCGCUACGCUAUCGACGUAAAAGCUUUCUUUCGCCAUGCAAACGACAGUCGUAAUUUUCUGACGGACGGAUAUCAGCCGCUAUGGAAACCAGUGAAUGUAACAGUGUCAAACUACCAAGCAGUGAGACGACAUUUGGAAGUUGAUGUCAGUGAUACAAACGACUUUUACAUCCAGUAUUCCCCAGUUGCUGAGAAAGUAAAAAUCAUGUUUCAUUACAUUCCAGCUCUUCAUUGUAACCCUAGCGAUCCAGAUUGCACGGGAAACCUAAAAGUUUGCAAUGCGGGAGUGGAAAGAACUUUGGCAUCAUGGUUUAACGUCCUCAUGAAACAGUUAAGACCUUCUGACAGGCCUUGCUCAGCUCAGAUUCAAGCAGCUGGAACUCUCAGAGGAUCUCAAGCUCAGUAUAGAGACCGCAGAUCAUUUAACAAUGAAGUAAAAACCUCAAUUCCACAAAGAUGCAAAUACAUUAAGAAAAAAGUGGCCAAAAUAUCCACCAAGUUAUGGUCCCAGAUUGGAAAAAGAGCUCGAAAAAGAGGUGGAGACUAUGAUGAUAUUGCUUCAAGAAGAAUAGCCUUCUAUGACAUAGAAGAGGUUAAAAGGUUCUUUGACAACGACUGCUCAUUUGAAGAGCGUUCUCACCAGCACCAAACUAUGAGUACACAGAAAAGGCGGAAUCGUAUUAAUGUAAAAGUAGGAUUAGUAGUUUCAGCGGAUAUGCCCUUCAUAAUUGAGCGGCAGCCGGGAAACAGGAAAUCAAAAAAGGUGAAGCUGAGAUUUUUCACCCGAAUUCUUCCCUCCACUGAGGGAACUUCUCGCUCUUCUUAGAGAAAUCACUAUCUUGCUUCAUUUACAUCACUGAUGUCUAUACCAACCUUGUUCUUGUGACAGAUUCUACUAACUCUCAUGUUUCUUUUAUUUGUAUUCAAUUUUUCUAUUGUUUAAUUUAUUUUUCACCGCUGUUAACUUGACUGCUAAGUUCCAUUGCUUUAUUUUCGACAGUGUUCUGUUGACAUGCUAUGGUAAAACAUAAGCUGUACAGGACAACUGUCUUGGCACUGUGACUAACUUGUACUUUUGCAUUUUAAUUCCUUUGCUAACUUUACUGGGAGUAACAUGAAAAGACUAGCAGUACCUUUCGUUACACCAAAACAGUAUUCAUAAAGUUACGGUCUUUAUGAAGCAAUUCUACCUCUCUUUUUCAGUCUUUUUCACCAAAAAAUUAUCUGAGACAAGACCUGUUUUAAGUGCUUUAUCUCCUGUAGACCUAAACAGAUAUUUCUACAUACACCAAGUAAACUGCAGUAUAUAUAUUUGUUGCUCAUCUUGCUUAUUGCAGCUAAAUGUGUUUAACACAAUAGAGAUCCCAUUUAAACCCUUUUGGGCAAAGGCAAGGUGGAUUAUUUUGCCAGUAUUUUCUUAUUUUUUCCAACUUGCCAAGAAUUUAUUCGUUACCUCCAAUUUUGAUGCAGCGCCUUUUUAUAAUACUUAUGCCUGUUCCUUGCUUGUACUGAAAAUAAAUGUAUUACACAAACAAGCAUAAAAUUAUAUCACCAUUUAACAAAACUACAUCAUAAAUACGAUCAAAAUUCUUCCUUACACCCAUAGUGCCCCUUUCAUAGCAGUCAGUUUUUCAGUGCAUUGUUAUUUACGUAUCACAGCGUUUUCACAUAUACGUCGUCUUUUUGUAUCUUUUCUCAGCUUUAUUUAACUCUGUUAUUGCCUCGUAAAACCGUCAAGUAUUUCAUGUCAUUUUUCAUUCAUUGAUCCGUUAUUGCGCUUCCAUUUGUCCACUUCAUUUUAAAUAAAACAAAAUUAUCAAA